CUCUCACUCCAGCUGACAUGUGGGCCCCACAUGUCAGGGCCACCUCCAACCUCCAGCCCUCCUCCAUGGCAGCCAUAUCGCCCACUCCCUAAGUCAAAACCGCCCAUGCCGUCGCCAUUUCCGCGCCUCCUCGCGCCCUCUCUCGCGCGGGCCGAGAUGCCGCCCUCACCCUCCACCAAAUCCCCCACUUCUCCCAUCCAAAACUGACGCCAAACCGCCCCUCCCAGGCCACGUCGGCGCCCCCACGUCGCCGGCCGAUUCCGCCCCCUCCGGUCACGAUCCCGAGCUCCCCGCACUAUAAAAAUGCUCCCCAGAGCCCCCUCUCCCAUUUUCCCCAAACCCACGAGCUCGCCGCGCCCUCUCUUGCUCUCCCCACGCUGCUCCCGUGCGCCGCCGCUCUCCGGCGAGCAUCGGCCGCCUCUAGCCGUCGCUCCCGCCGCCGCCGCGCUGUGUCGCCACCGCCAUCGGCUCCGCCGCUCCACGCCGCGCCUCGGCCACCACUCGGCCGUCGUCUCCCGCGCUCGAAACACCACAUCCACCGCGGAGCAGAGCCACCGUCGCCAUUGUCGCCUCCAGCCGUGUCGCGCCGCAUCUCCGGUCCACCUCGCGCUGCGCCGUCGCCUUCCUCGGCACCGCAGUCACCGUGCGCAGCCCGUCCACCCCUCCUCCUCCUCCAAUCGCCAUCAGGACCGCUUCCUCACCACCGACCCGAGCUUCACCAUCUUCUACCGUGCUCCAGCCGCUCCUCGCCGGUGAGAGGGACCUCGCCCGGCCGCGUUGUCGCCUCGGGCACGUUCGACGUGCUCUCCCGCACCUCGGCCACCACCUCCUCGUCGUCGGAAAACCUGCCGUUCGUCCGUGUUCCCGUGCGCUGCCGCCGCUGUCUGCUCCUCCCCAAGCGCCGCCCAUCGACGGAGCUCCGCCGCCUCCCUCCGCCUCUCCCCGCCGCUGGACGCUCCCUGUUGCCGCUUCGCCGUCUCCGCCCUCGUGAUCCUCGGCGACAAUUAUGUGCAAUUGGCUUGAUUCACAUCGAAUUUGCAGGUUGCUUAUUUUUCUGGAUCAAUGCUCGAGUUUGUUGGGAUGUUAACUACUCCUGAAUUAUGCAGAGAAAUGUGGACCCGAAUGUAGUAAGCUUUCCAGCUUCCACCUUAACUGCCCUGUUCGUGCUAAUUAAGCCUGCAAUUUUGCACGCAGAUGAUCCUCCCCUUCCCUCGCCGAAAUUAGCAUGGUACCGAAUUUGUGCGAAAUUAGCUUGAUUGGAGCAGAGCUUGCCAAGGAGUGCUGGAGGGAGCACCUCCUUGGCGCUUCUAUCCCGUUCGAGACCUUCACCUUCCAUGUCGACGCCGACUUCUCUUCAUCGUCCGCCUCCUCCGCCGAUCACCGCGGCAGCUCGGUCCUUCCUCCGGGUCCGGGCGACAUUGAGGUUGCACAUUUGCAGAGCAUCGCCAGCGCCAGGCUCGCGGCCCAGGGGUGCGAGGUGCUCGGGAAGAUCAAGAGGGAGCAACUCGUCGAGUUCGAGUCGGUUUACGGGCUCCAUGGUUACUUCGACACCACCGGCACCCACGACGACGCCUCCUCCUCCGCCGACCACUGCGUCGGCCCGAUCCUUCCUCAGCUCCAGAGCGACAGGUCCGCCCACUUCGCGGCGUGGGCACACUCGUCAUGGGCUCUCGCAGCGGCGGCAGCGGCAGCGGCGGUCGACGACGACGACGAGGGGAAGUGGAUGAAGCCCUGCAUCGGGCCGGUGCUGGCUUGCGAUUGCGAGCCCGAGUACUUCGACUCCGACCCAGCUCCCCCCACGCCGCCGACCAUCGCGAGGCCGCCUCGUCCUCUUCCUCCCGCGUCGCCGCCGCCACCGUCGAUAGCAACGCCUCCGCCUUCACCCGCGUCGCCACCGCCACCGUCGACAGCAACGCCACCGCCUCCUUCCCCGACGCCCACCACCACCAGAGCGAGCCCAACGCCGCCGCCGAUACCGACGGCCACGGUGAGGCCUCCGCCUCCACUUCCACGCGCCACCGUGACCCCGACCCCGACCACGCCUCCCUCGACUGCGACUACUACACCGAUACCGACAUGGGUCUGGGUCGGCGGCGUGCUGGUCCUCAGUGCGGGAGUGGCCGUCCUAGCGAUCAAGCUCGCCUACGACUACCUAGGCGGCGGCCGCAACGACUGAUCGAUCCCAUGCAGGCCCAGCCAGCAUCGUCAACCUGGCCGCUGCGGUCGCCCUCGCCUCCGGCUCCAAACAGAUCGCCUCCGCCGCCGCUUACGGCGAAAGACAGUGCGUGAGUCAAUCGUCUCCAUUUUUUUCACCCCUGCUGCUGCGGCUGCGGUUUUCUUCUCUGAUUAGGACAGGAUGAUGAGUAAUGUGCUGUGACGACAUGCAUGUCCUACUACUUUGUGUGGUUCGGCUUGAAAUGAAAUCUUUGAAGACAUUUUCAGCGCCGAAUGAUGCUGCGUUGUGCGUUC